GAGUUUAAGGGCAAACGCCCUUUUUGCAUCAAGAUCGGUAUCGGAAGAUGUUAAAUGAAAGCGGCAACGUUGCAUUUGACCGUUCAGCUAAAAAUCCCUAAAUUUCUGGUCCAACACCAUCCACCAUCUUUUCUUUUGCUUCAAGCGGCAAAAAGGUGUAUAACUUGAGGUGUUUUAUUUCUACCAGCAGUCAAUAGAAAAAUGGCCACACAACCGGAACACGUCGGUGACUGUCCCGAUGAGAUGGAAUCCGUUGACGAUGAAGAAACUGCACACGACGUCGCCCACAGGAUGUUGAAAUAUCCUGACGUUCUGGCGGCGUUACAAUCUCAUCAUAACUCAGAAAUGCUAGCAAAUCUUCCUCCCGCGGUUAAACGACGAAUUAAGUCCCUUAAAAAAUUGCAACUCGAGGCGACCCACAUAGAGGCCAAAUUUUUCGAAGAAGUUCAUGCGAUCGAAUGUAAAUACCACAAACUUUACCUACCGUUAUAUCAAAAACGAAGCACAAUAAUUAAUGGCGAUUACGAACCUAACGAUGAUGAGUGCCAAUGGGUGUCCGAUGAGGAGGAGGAGCUCUCGAAAGAUAUGAAGGAGAAGUCCAAGUUGGAGGAUAAAAAGGAAGAACCGGUCAAAGAAGAAUUACCUUCGAAGGGGAUUCCAGAUUUUUGGUUAACUAUUUUUAGAAACGUUAGUAUUUUAUCGGAAAUGGUCCAAGAGCACGACGAACCUAUCUUAAAGCACUUAAAGGAUAUUAGAGUUAAUUUUAUGAAUGAGCCAAUGGGCUUUGUUUUGGAAUUCCAUUUCGAGCCAAACGAGUAUUUCACAAAUACUGUCCUGACCAAAGAGUACGAUAUGAAGUGUGUCCCUGAUGAAGAUGAUCCUUUCGGUUUCGAAGGUCCUGAAAUUUACAAAUGCCGUGGUUGCCUAAUAAAUUGGAAUAAGGGGAAGAAUGUUACAUUGAAGACCGUGAAAAAGAAGCAAAAGCAUAAAAGUCGCGGCGUAGUACGAACUGUCAUGAAAACUGUUCAGAAUGAUUCCUUCUUUAAUUUCUUUACACCUGCUACAGUUCCCGAAGACAUCCCCGACGGUGAAGUUGAUGAGGAAACUCGUAAUCUCCUAACGUCCGAUUUCGAAAUUGGCCAUUACAUUCGCGAACGCAUAAUUCCACGUGCGAUCUUGUACUUCACCGGUGAGGGUAUCGAGGAGGAAGAAGAAUACGAAGAGGAGGAAGACGAUGAAGAAGAGGAGGAGGAAGAUUCCGAUGGUGGAAAGGACUGUGGAAAUGUCAACUCUGAUCAAAAUUGCAAACCACAAUAAUUUCUAGUUAAAUAUACAUUUAUUUAUCUUUUUACAUUUUCAUUGUAGGGUGGUAAUUUACUAUGCAACUGUUUAAUUCAUAUUUGCAGCUGACCAUCAUUUUAUAUGCCUUAAAUUAUUGUAUUGUUAUUCAGCUCUACUUUUGUAUUGCUUGGUUUCCUAAACUCCAUGCAUAUUUUGUUUGGACAUAUCUUGCAUUUAAUAAAUAAAAGUUCCAGUGGACA